AUGCAAUUAAGAUCGACUUCGACGGGUCGUAUAGAUCUCUAUGGAAGAUUAGCCGAAACCGUUGCUUACCCAGGCACUUCGUCCCGGCAGAGGGUAUUUGAAGAGUUAAAUUCUAUACGAGCAUACCACGACCUAGAUUAUACGCCCCCGAAGUCAACGGAUGACCAAAAGGCAUGGAAACUAUGUGAUGCUUGGGUAAAGAACUGCAUAAACAAUCAUAGCAGAUGCAAAAGCUUCAAUUCCUCCUCAUGGUAUCCGACGAGGCUUUUAUAUAUCGGUCAUCUUCCUAACGGAUAUCUCGACAAAUAUGAUCUCUGUUCCUCCAAUGUACAACUUCACUUGACGCAAGAUAAGCCACCUAAAGGGGGUUACAUGACACUUAGUCACUGUUGGGGUUUUAUCGCCUUUGAGAUGCUGAAGCUCACGGGCGAGACUUAUAAAUAUCGAUUAAAGAAUGGAUUUUCAUACACAGAACUUCCCAAAACAUUCCAGGACGCUGUCCGUCUAUCGCGGUUUCUUCAUAGCGACUACAUAUGGAUUGAUUCGUUAUGUAUUAUCCAAGGCUCCGAGGACGACUGGAUACACGAGAGCAAGGCAAUGAUGGAUGUAUACCGACAUUCGAAAUGUAACAUCGCAGCGACAUCAGCUCAAGGACCAACCGAAGGCUGUUUCUAUACCCGGGAUCCUACUCUAGUAUCUCCUUUGGAAAUUUCACUACGCCUAGGAAAAGAAGAUAGAGCCGCGAAAAAAUAUCUCUUCUCCUCCGACGAAUCAUGGUAUGUAAAUAUCGAGCAUGCACCAUUAAACAGGCGAGCCUGGGUUUUUCAAGAACGCACAUUAUCGCCGCGACAAAUCCAUUGCGCCAAAGAUCAGUUAUCCUGGGAAUGCAACCAAACUACUGCCUGCGAAACAUUUCCUUUCAUUUUCGAGCCUCACAUAGAGUUCAAGCAUUUCAUUUCCCUGGCUCAAAAUCUGACAAGCCUAAAUCUUACGUUGUCGGAAAUACAUAGGUCAAGAUCUUCUGAAACGAGGCGUGACUCGUUCUUGGGAGGUAGUCUUAUUAGCUAUCCCAUGGAGUCAGCCGAUUCCACGUCUCACAACAUACCCAGAUUUGAGCGGACGUUGGCACUUCUUGAAGAAGCCACCCCAGAGGAGAGGAUCGAGUGCUUGAGGAGCAAUAUAUACCUGGACUGGAAUGACAUAGUCUCUUGGUAUUCAAAUCUCGAGUUAACAUAUAAAACCGACAGGCUAGUGGCAGUCUUUGGGAUUGCAUCUCGAGUUCAGGAGGCUCUUAAAGAUACCUACGUCGCGGGCCUAUGGUACUCACGGAUUCCUUGGAUGCUUUUUUGGCUGGCUGGUACAUCCGAAACGGCCCCCUCAUACGACGCCGGCCCUUCGUGGAGCUGGGCCAACGUAGACAGAAGGGCCUAUUUCCAAAUCGUCCCAGAAGAUCACGACCGUGUCCUAAUCAAUAUUGACGAGGCUCAUGACGGACAUACGGGUGCCAAGAAAUCUCAAAUCGUUCUCGAUGUUCUAACCAACAACACACUUGCAUGUGUGAAGCUCAGUGCCCUCUUCUUCUACCGGCGCAUCUUCUGUGCUGGCGGGAAGCAGACCACAUUUGGGGCGGUAACUUGGGUCACAAUUGCCGUCGUCGUUCUGUGGCUUCUUGUUUUCCAGUUUCUAACGGGCUUUCAAUGCGGUACGCAUUUCUCGGCACUCUGGGAUGGCUCCUAUGUUCAGUACUGCACCACCUCAUUCCCUUUUCUAUACGGGCUUGUUAUUUCCGACUUUCUCCUGGACGUAUGGAUCCUCAUCCUCCCCAUCCCUGAUAUCUUACAUCUUCACACCACCCUGCAAAGAAAGCUAUUCAUCAUAGGUGUGUUCCUUUUGGCUUUCGUUGGCCUUGGUGCGUCAAUCGCUCGGAUGGUGCAGUACAUCAAAAUCGAGCUCGGAGGCCCAGAUUAUCUCCUCUAUACCGACCAUGAGCGUGAGUUGUAG